AUGUCGCCAUCCGCGCAGGUAUCACCGCAGUCGCAGCCAGGCGCGUCGGAGCUCGAUGAGUACUCCCAGGAAAUUUUCGAUUCUGCGCUGACGGCGCCAAUGCGAGGGAUGGCUGACACCCACAGUUUUUGUCUCCAUCAUCAAUUCCCGUACCGCCAACAACAGAGGCAGUUUCACUGUCAACGACGCCACAGAGAGCAGGUGAUUCCCAUAACCUCCGUGCACCACGGGGCAACUGAAAUUUCAAGAGCGCGUAUUGAGUUUGGUGCCGCUAGUUAUGUUCACUCAAAGCGUCACGAAGUUCAGAGCAGUGAGACCCACAGGGCAUUCAUGGGUGAGCAUCCCCAUGCUUCUUCGACGGCGCCGAAUGCGACGGUGCUCCCUCCUCCACUUGUGUCUCGCCCCAGUAGUAGUCAACCUGUUUCCAGUAAUCUUACGAGAGGCUGUUCAGCUUUUCCGCGGCACUCAUUGCAGUCCUCGCCCCCGACAAGUUUUUUUGGACAACAAAGCGCCAGUGACCUUCACAGUGCCCAUCGUACGCGCAACCCCAUAGAUAGGAGCCGUCAAGAGGCUCGUGCUCAAUCCCUUUGUGGUUUGGAGGGAGCGGGUGGCGUCAGGACUGUGGAUUUGGCCUCCGGAGCCACGCACAUGCGACUGCAGCAGCAAACUGAUCAGGAAGCGUCUUCGUUUCUCCAGAGGGGAGGGAGUUCUCUAGCGAUGGAGAUGCGUCUUCCAGAACCACCUGACCAGCAGUCAAGCGAAAUCCCUUUUCCAUCCCCCUUGUAUCUUGAAGCGACGGAGUGGGCAAGCCCAGCGGCCACAAGACCACGUUGCGGCACUCACAUGCGUCCGUUUUACGCUAAUUAUGGCCACAAUUAUAUUCCAUGUAUGAGCGAGGUUAGUACUCCACCGGGUGGCGCCGGUACAACGCUGGCUGCAACUUCCACGCCUCGGGAGGAUACCGGUGCAACAGCGACAAGUGACAGCAGUUUGGUGAAGGUGAUAGAAACUGGGGAAGCGGCGGGGCGGGGGCAGCAACCAGGACAAGGUGAAGGGGAAGGACAGUAUGAGCAACGACGAAGUGGGGGGGAUUCGACAAAUGCGCCCAAUCUCCCUCCCUUCGAGCCUGCUCGGUGCGAACCGGUACCCUCUUCAGCUGAAGGAACCUUAGUUCACCCGCCGCCGCUCUCAUCAAAGCAACCGCGACCACUAUCUCAUCAAUCAGACACCGAUAGGAAGGAGACGAUGCCAAGAUACCUCCUUCCUCCGCAGCCGGAAUGUAAUGCUGGCCGCAUUACAUGUUGUCUAGACCUUGAUAACACGCUGGUGUACACAUUUCAGCGGCCACCAUCGUGGUGGGAUCCGGAGAACAAUCCACUUCACCUUGAAAUUGAGAUUGCGUCAUCCGUCUCUGGAGAGGGGGAAUCUGAUUUCGAUAAGCGGACUUAUGACGACCAUCCCAGCGUCAUAUCACUUUCUUUUUUAUCUUCACAACACUUAGAUUCCGAUACUUGCAGGGGGGUAGCUCAGCCUUCACCACAAGAUCGGACGCGUCCAAGUAAUCCGGAUCGUCAUUAUGUCUGCAUUCGCCCAUAUGCUUUCGAAUUUGUCCAAUUCUGUCUGGAGAAGUUUGAGGUGGUCUUCUUCACCAGCGGCACGGAGGAAUACGCACAGCCAAUCUUUGAUCAUCUGGACCCGAGGCGGGCUGCCCACCGUCUGUACCGUCACCACUGCACAGAGUGUGGCGAGGGAAUGUACAUGAAGGACCUCUCGCUUCUAGGACGCUCGCUUGAUAGUGUUAUCCUUUUCGACGACCGUGGGCCCGACGUAAGCUUCCAGCCAAAAAAUGUGUUAUUUUGUGAACCUUUUAUUCUUGAAGAGGUGGAUGACGCGUAUAAUCUUGCCACCAAUGAUAGCGAGUUGUGUGGAUACAGGGAGUUUCUCGAGAUGCUGACAAAUUUGCAGAGGGAGGUGAUGCUCCAGGCGAUAGCCGCCUACCAGGAGGAAGUGUGGAAGGUAACAAUGAUGUUAUUAGCCGAAGGAGGGCAGGCACUGGAGAAGGCAACAGGCGCCGGCGCGGAUGUAGAACAGAGAGAGAGCCCAUAG